CCCCCUCCCACCUACGGGCCGCGGCUCGACGCUGGCUGCAGCGCGGGUUCCCUCUGGCGGCCGGCCGGAGACUCCCUCUCUGCCUCCCGCCUGCGGCACCUGGGCCCGGGGAGGAGGAACUUGCAACCGCCUCCGCCGCUGAGACGCAGCCCGCGCCCAGGCUUAUUGUGACAUUGUAAUGUUGGGAAGGUCUGCACUGCUUACAGCUGUACAUGGAAGAAGAUUUCCAACUCGAGACCUAUGUGCUGCUACUCAUUUUCCAAUGAAGUACAUCCUGGUAACCGGUGGUGUCAUCUCAGGCAUUGGCAAAGGAAUCAUUGCAAGCAGCAUUGGCACCAUACUGAAAUCAUGUGGUCUACGAGUCACUGCAAUCAAAAUUGAUCCUUAUAUUAAUAUAGAUGCUGGAACUUUCUCACCGUAUGAGCAUGGUGAAGUUUUUGUACUAAACGAUGGGGGAGAAGUUGACUUAGACUUGGGAAAUUAUGAAAGAUUCUUGGACAUCAACUUAUAUAAAGAUAAUAACAUCACCACUGGAAAGAUCUAUCAACAUGUAAUCAAUAAAGAAAGACAUGGAGAUUACUUGGGAAAGACAGUUCAAGUUGUUCCACACGUUACUGAUGUUGUACAAGAAUGGGUGAUGAAUCAGGCAAAGGUUCCUGUGGACAGUGACAAGAAAGAGCCACAAAUAUGUGUCAUUGAGCUAGGUGGAACUAUUGGAGACAUUGAAGGAAUGCCAUUUGUUGAGGCAUUCAGACAGUUCCAGUUUAAGGCAAAAAGAGAAAACUUCUGCAAUAUCCACGUUAGCCUUGUACCACAGCCUAAUGCUACUGGAGAACAGAAAACAAAACCUACACAGAACAGUGUUCGAGCGCUGAGAGGCCUAGGUUUGUCUCCAGAUCUGAUAGUCUGCAGAAGUACAAAGCCUAUAGAAAUGGCUGUGAAGGAAAAGAUUUCCAUGUUUUGCCAUGUGGAACCUGAACAGGUGAUAUUUAUCCAUGAUGUUUCUUCCACUUACCGAGUGCCAGUCCUGUUGGAAGAACAAGGCAUUAUUACAUAUUUUAAACAGAGAUUAAACCUACCUAUUGAUGACCAACCAAGUGAUCUUCUUUUCAAAUGGAAGAAAAUGGCAGACAGAUAUGAAAGGUUGCAGAAGAUGUGCUCCAUAGCUCUGGUUGGCAAGUAUACGAAACUAAGUGACUGCUACGCAUCUGUUUUCAAGGCCUUGGAACAUUCAGCUUUGGCAAUUAAUCACAAACUGAAUUUAAUGUAUAUAGAUUCAAUAGAGCUUGAGCAUUCUACAGAAGUUGAGAACCCAGUGAAAUACCACCAGGCGUGGCAAAAAUUGUGCAAAGCAGAUGGCAUUUUGGUCCCAGGCGGGUUUGGAUUUAGGGGAACAGAAGGCAAACUCCAAGCAAUAUCUUGGGCAAGAAAAAAGAAAAAACCUUUUCUUGGAGUUUGCUUGGGGAUGCAGCUGGCAGUGGUGGAGUUUGCAAGAAACUGUUUAAACUGGAAAGAUGCAAAUUCUACAGAAUUUGACCCAAACACAAAAUACCCUGUUGUCAUUGACAUGCCUGAACACAAUCCUGGAGAUAUGGGAGGAACAAUGAGACUGGGAAAAAGGAAGACUGUUUUCAAAACAGAAGACUCUGUCCUAAGGAAACUUUAUGGUGAUGAAGAUUUUGUGGAGGAACGACACAGGCAUCGGUAUGAGGUAAAUCCAGAAUUGACUGGCUGCUUUGAAGAGAAAGGUUUGAAAUUUGUUGGCCGUGACACAGAAGGGACUAGAAUGGAGAUCAUUGAACUGGAAAAUCACCCAUAUUUUGUUGGUGUCCAGUUUCAUCCAGAGUUUUCCUCAAGACCUAUGAAGCCCUCACCUCCAUACCUUGGUCUCUUGCUUGCAGCAACUGGGACACUCAGUGCAUACUUGCAACGUGGAUGUAAAUUGUCUCCAAGUUUUUAUUCCAUGCUUCCUUGGGCACAUUCAGAAAGAAUGAUAGCUACAGUGACCUCAGUGAUGACAGUUCUCCAGAAAAAGAACCUCCUGAUUCAGAAACAAGCUGAACCCCCUGCAUGAGAGCAGAGAAUUGGAGAAUGCUACUGAG